CUUCCACAUUUUUGCAACACACUGACCUUCUUCCUUUCUUCUUUCUCAUUCACGUGCUUGCUUAGGUAAACACACCUCUCUUCCAAAAAUAACUCCUUCAUUCAAAAGCUAAACUAAAACCCACACUCUUUUGUUUUUGAGUAAUUGUUACAAACAUUCCUUGUUUUCUACUCUUUUAGGGUGUUCAAUUUUCCCCUGCUUCACAUAAAUUAACCCAAUAAGCCUCUCCCAGACUCCAAACCCCUCAUGGAAGAUCACAAGAAUCGAACUAAGGAUUCAGGAACAGGAACCAUUUCUGUUGAAUCUCCACAAGAAAGAAGAAAACUUCCAAACUUUCUUCUAUCAGUGAAGCUCAAGUAUGUGAAGCUUGGCUACCACUACUUAAUCUCCAAUGCUAUGUACCUCAUGCUCAUACCACUUCUUGGUGUAGCUUCAGCUCAUCUCUCAACUAUCUCUUACCAAGAUGUUGUUCACCUUUGGGAGAAUCUCAAGUUCAACCUUGUCUCAGUGACAGUUUGUUCCAGCCUCAUGGUGUUCCUCAUCACUCUUUACUUCAUGAGCAGGCCAAGAGGUGUUUACUUGGUGGAUUUUUCAUGUUACAAGCCAGAGCCAGAGUGUAAUGUCACAAGGGAGAUUUUCAUGCAGAGGUCUGAGCUUACUGGAACUUUUACAGAAGAAAACUUGGCCUUUCAGAAGAAGAUUCUUGAGAGGUCUGGUUUGGGGCAGAAGACUUACUUGCCUCCUGCAAUCUUGAGUAUUCCACCAAACCCUUGUAUGGCUGAAGCAAGGAAAGAGGCAGAGCAGGUGAUGUUUGGUGCCAUUGAUCAGCUUCUGGAGAAAACUGGUGUGAAGGCUAAGGAUAUUGGGAUCUUGGUGGUGAAUUGCAGCUUGUUCAACCCUACACCAUCUCUCUCUGCCAUGAUUGUGAAUCACUACAAGUUGAGAGGGAACAUUCAAAGUUAUAAUCUUGGUGGCAUGGGAUGCAGUGCUGGACUAAUCUCUAUAGACCUUGCCAAACAGCUCCUUCAGGUUCAUCCCAACUCUUAUGCCUUAGUGGUGAGCAUGGAGAACAUCACUCUCAACUGGUACUUUGGCAACGACAGAUCAAUGUUAGUCUCAAAUUGCCUCUUCAGAAUGGGAGGAGCUGCAGUUCUUCUCUCCAACAAGUCCUCUGACCGCAGCCGCGCCAAAUACCAAUUGAUCCACACGGUUCGCACUCAUAAAGGUGCGGACGACAAAUCCUAUGGUUGUGUCUUUCAAGAAGAAGAUGCGAAGAAAACAAUUGGUGUGGCACUCUCAAAGGACUUGAUGGCAGUUGCAGGAGAAGCUCUCAAGACCAACAUCACAACACUUGGCCCAUUAGUCCUCCCCAUGUCAGAGCAGCUUCUGUUUUUCGCAACAUUGGUUGCAAGAAAAGUGUUCAAGGUGAAGAUAAAGCCAUACAUCCCAGAUUUUAAGCUAGCUUUUGAGCACUUUUGCAUCCAUGCUGGUGGAAGAGCAGUGUUGGAUGAGUUGGAGAAAAAUCUUGACCUCAGUGAUUGGCACAUGGAGCCUUCAAGAAUGACUCUAAAUAGAUUUGGUAACACUUCUAGCAGCUCCUUAUGGUAUGAACUUGCAUACACUGAAGCUAAAGGGAGAAUCAGAAAAGGUGAUAGGACUUGGCAGAUUGCGUUUGGUUCUGGAUUCAAGUGCAACAGUGCAGUAUGGCAGGCAUUGAAGACUAUUAACCCUGCCAAGGAGAAAAACCCUUGGAUGGAUGAGAUUCAUGAGUUCCCUGUUCAUGUGCCUAAAGUGUCAGCUAUCCAACAACCUCUUGCUUAAGGAAGAAGAAAAUUAUUUAAGGUUUUCAAUUUGGUAGUUAAUUUCAGGAAGUGUGCAGAAAUUGAAGAGAAGAUAACUCCAGGUAGCUUUGCUAGUUUGGAGUUUCCAUGAUCUUCUACUGUGCUGAUGUUGUAAUAGUGUGCAUAGAGCUAUUGUUCAAUUGAAACAUUUAUUACAUGAUUUUUCAUAAAAUGUAUUAAGUUGACCUUUCAACUAUAUUCAAGUUUGACUUAAAUAGUGAUAUAGUUGGAUGAAA